AUGACAGAGAAGUUAGUACCAAAGAACGAGAAGCUACAGAAGAUUGGGUUGCUCUGUGUAUCGCCGGGCUUGCAGGAAGAAGGAUUAGAUAAUAAGAUGCUGAGUACCAUAGAGACUUCAAAGGCGAUUGAAAAGGAUCAGAAGUCUGUUGUAUCGAAUCUGUCGCUAUCUUCUUCCAGUUCUUCAGAGAACAAAGAUGUGUCUCAUUUGAUUGUACAACAGAAUGAAAAUAAUGGUAAAGUGGAAGAUGUUAUAACAUCAGCCAAGGAGGAUAGUGAGGAACCAGAAGUAAAACAAUCAGAAUCACCCUCGUCACUAUUGCAAUUAUCUCAAAAAUCUUUGAAAAGGAGUAAAAUCCCGCCUCCAAUAGGUAUACCUAACAGUAACAGUUCAAGUAGAACAAACUCUACGGCGGCUUCAAAACCAUCCACCGGAAAACAAUCUGCAGGUAUAAGCAAACCAAGAGUGAAAUAUCUUGGGAAGACACCUAAAUUCAGUAAUAGCAUCGCUAACUACGCACGAAUCCCCCGCACUGCAUUUUUACCCAGCACCACAAGUCAACUCUAUAUGACGCCAUUCUCACACCAGCCACUGGCACCGCCUCAUCCAAUGCAAUUCCACUAUCCUCCAUACAGCGCAUACGGAAUGUAUCCAUACAUGCCCAGAAACUCAACACCAUACUACCAGGAUUUCCCACCAAUGGCGCAAUCCAUAUACCCUGCCACAAGAGGGCAGAGUCAGGAACCAGAGGAAAGUGAAUUCGACGACGAAGACGAAGAAGAAGAAGAAGAGGAGGAGGAGGAGAGCGCAGACCUCGCCAUCGAAGACGGAGCAACACCUACACCAAUAUUCACAAGACAUCCAAUACACAACGAUACAAUCAGCGGGGAAAUCAGAAUCAUGCAGGACCGUUUCAGCUUCGAUUUCAAUUUGAAAAGCGAAUCUGUAGACAGAAAGAUGUUUCUGAGCAUCUGCAACAAGAUAUGGAAAGAAUCCAAGGAACUUGCCAGAAACAACCGGUCGCCACGCUGA